AUGGCCAUGGUUCCGCGAGGGCUUCCCGACCUGCUGAAGACGGUCCGCCUGGGGGACAAGCUAUACUGUCUGUACAGCCUGGAGGGCCGUCUGUUCCACGAGAGGCUUCUGCGCGGCCACGUGGACGGCUCACGGUGGGUGGUGGCGACGCCUGACGCCGACGUGUACGUGGAAGACUUCGCCGACGAGGAUCACGCGGAGAUCCACCGAGCUGGCCCACGAGGGGGAGCCCCGCCUCAGCUGCGCAAGAAGAUGCUGUACCGCUUCGACCUGGACGAGCAGGCUCUGGCCGCCCUCCUGAACGAGGGGGCGCAGCUGGCGGAGUCCGAGCGCCGCGAGGCCGGCCGCGACUCAGUGGCGGUGGCGCCCGGGGUGGUCCGCCGGCUCCGUGGGAAGCAGCACGUACUCCCGGUGAUGGCGGACGGUGGCACGGACACGCCGCGUGGUUCCGAGGUCGGCCCGGCGGCUGGCGCUUCGGAGCCGCCGCGGCCACCGCCGAGCCACGCCCCCCCGCCUCGCGCGGGCGCCGGCGGUGGGCCCCUGCCGCCAGUGCAGCUGGACGACGGCUGGGUCGCCCUGGAGUCGCGGCUGGGCUUCAGGCGGGGUUCGCCAGUGGACGUGACGUUCGCCUCCGUCUACGCCCUGGACGAUCGCGCCAUGGCCUCGUUCCCGGAGGGGGUCAUCGCGCUGGGACGAGUGGGGGCCCUCUCCGAGGAGGCGCCGCUCUCUCCACGGGACGCGCGGGAUGAAGUCCUGGACGAGCGCAUCCUGAUGUACCGGAGGAGCGGUGCGGGCCAGCGGCGGCGCGCCUUCGCGGAGGUGGUGGCCGAGCAGCGCGAGGUGCUCAGCACUCAGGAGUGGCGCGUGCAGGGGCCCGCUACCAUCGGCUGGCUGCUUCAGGCACAUCUGGAGCAGGGUAGCGGGCCCGUCCAGCGGCACUACUGGUGGCGUCAGAUCCUGGGGCUGGCGGCGGCCGACCUCGGGGUCGACGAGCAUUUGUUCCUGUGCGAGCUGAUCGAGACGGCCUCCACGGCCGACCAGCUCAACCUCCCCGGCUGCGAGGCGUUCGAGCUGGCAGCCAGGCGAUUUCAGCUGUGGGAGGAGGUGUACUCCGAGGCCCUGCGCCAGGUCGAGGUCUCAGGCACGGCGGGGGCCACGGCAGACUCGGACGGCUGGCUGGACGAGCGCAGGAUCUUCUUCGGCGGCUCCCGCUCCAAGGGCCAUGCUCUCGUGGCGCCAUCCUUGGAGAAGCACGUGGCAGAGAAGAUGCAGGAGGAGAGCGCCAUCCUCAAGGAGAGGCGCAAGGGCAGAGAGGAGCGCCGCAUGCGGGCGCUUUCACAGGGGAGGGCCGCCACUGCGAUGGUGAUGGCGGCCUCGGCGCAAGGAGUCUCGGACACUGGCAUCGCGCGCGACGUCCUGCCCCUCCCGCUGGGCGGCAUCGCCGCGCUGAACGACCUCGGUGGCCGCGGGGUGGAUGCCCCCGCGGGGGCCCCUGCGGCCUGCCAGGUCGCCGCCGUGCGGCGCCUCGCACAGCUCUACGGCAGUGUGGAGCCGCCGCCAUCCGACCUGACUCCCCUGGGGGCGUGGCAGACGCUCCAGGCUUCGCGGAACGGCUAUGCAGACGGCAUGGCCGAAGGUGCUUCGACAACCUACAGGAAGGGGGCCAUGGCGCUCCCGCGGGCUGCGGCGGGACGGGUACGGCUUGCUGACGUCCUGCCGCCGCACCUGCAGUCUCUCUUGUGUGACUCGUCGCAGAUGUUACGAGAGCCAGAGGCUCGCAAUUUUGCUUUGGGUGAGGCUCCCAGGGUCUGCGCCAUGGACCCAGUGUUGCAGCGGCAUGGCUACCAGUAUGGCGAGUGCCUCUCCGAGCUGCUCUCCGCGGGCAUCAUUGUGCCUGCGGCCGAGGGCAGCAUCAUCGAGCGCGCCCUGGCGAACUUGGAGGUCGACGCUGCUGGAGGGAUUGCUGUGGCCUCUGGUGACGUCGAGUGCUGCUUCUACCAGUACGAGCUGCCAUCGUGGGCACGUGCCUUCUUCGGUCUGCCAGCGGUCCAAGCACGCUUCUUGGAUACGGCAGCCCGCCAGCGGCUGGGGGUUUCGGACCCCUCGGAGAUGAUCCACUUCGUUGCCAGAGUGGUCCCCAUGGGCUGGUCGUGGGCCGUGCACCUCACUCAAGAGGCCCAUGCCCAUGUCCUGAGCACCAUCAGCCCGGAUGCGCCCUGGAUCGCUGACAAGGUGCCCACGCCGGCGCCGGGGACUCAGUGUGCCACCGCCAAGAUGCUGCACAUCGACAACGUCGCAGUCUUCACGUCAGGCAGCGGCGACCCCGCGCUGGAGGUGGAGCGCAUGCUGGCCGCUCUGGGUGCGCGGGGGAUUCAGGCUUCCUUUGACCGCGAUGAUGGGGACAUGCACGCUCUUCUCGGCUUCGUGCUGCACAAGCCCUCGGCCACCUGGCGCCUGUCGCACAGCAAGUUUUGGCGGCUGAAGUUCAGCCUCGAUUUUGCGCUGGCACCUGGACGUCUUGUCACGGGGCGCGAGCUCGAGAGGCUGAUGGGCCACAUCACCGCGGCUGUCAUGCUGCAGCGGCACAUGCUCUCGCUCUUCCAUGCGAUCUACGAGUUUUGCAGGCGGUCGCGUGACAAGCGGCAGCCUCUCUGGUCGUCGGUGAGGCGAGAGCUCACGUGGUUCAGAGCGCUGCUUCCCUGCGUGACCGUUUCGCUGAGCCGCCCCUGGUGCGAACGGGUCACCGCCACAGACGCCUCGCCAUGGGGGUUUGGCGUGGUGGAGCAGCCGUGGCCCAUCAGUGAUGUUCGGCGAGUUGGCAGCCUUUCGGAGCGCAGUCGCUUCAGAGGAGUCCUGACGGCCGAUUAUGCCCCCAGGGACACGCUGGUCGAACAGCAGCUCCUGCACGCCACGGCGGCCGAUGUCACCGCGGAGGGCACCCUGACCCACAUUGAGGAGCUGCAUGGACAUCGGCACCUCAUCCUGGGUGACAACCUCGGGGUGGCUUGCGCGUGUGAAAAGGGCAGAGCUGCACACUUUGCACUCAACGUCAUCUGUCGGGAGAUCUGCGCUAUCUCAGUCGCCUCUGGGAUGCAGCUCAGGUUCAGGUGGAUCCCAUCAGAGCUCAACCCUGGUGACGCUCCCUCUCGCAGGUUCAUGCCAGGCGCAAGGAAGCACCACGUUGUCGGACAGUGCAGCACACUCCCAGGCCUGGAGGAGAUCGGCACACAUCACGCUGGGCCUCUGUCCGGAGACAUCGGCUCGAGGGAGCACUACCAUGCCAACGACGGUCUACUCGGUCAGCCCCGCCUACGGCAAGCGCGCCCGCGAUGCAGCAGAGCCCAGGCCGGCGCCGACCACCCGGCGCGCCUCCGACUGGCGCGGCGGGCACGGGCCGCCAGGCCCUUCGGGCUCCCGCCGGGGCUGGACAUCCCAGGCGCCGCUGGGCGACAGGCCCGCAGAAAGCUGUUCGCGGCGGGCGCUGCUGCGUCCGCGGCGCUCGCGACUGGCGGCGCGUCGGGUGCGACACGUCACCGUGCGUUCUCGGACGAGACGCUGGUGGACUACUCCGAGUGGGCCUUCGACCGCGGCAUGGGGCAGGAGGCGUUCUCCCGCACCCGCUGUGCCUUGGCUGGGGGCGAGCCCGCGCUGGGAAGGCCCGUUCGGCGCCUCUUUCCCCCGGCGAACACGUCGCUGUCAGACGGGACGCAGCGCCCGUCGGGCCACUCCCGCCAGCCGCUGCCGCGGGCGCUCGCGCGCGCGAUGGCGGCCGUGCUGGCCUCGCGGGGGAAGCCAGACCCGGGGCGGUGCAUCUUGGUGACCUUCGAGUACGACCUGAACCCGUCGGAGACCGCGACCUUUCUGGCCAUGCAGUUUCUGCCAGGCAGGUGCAGAGUGGUCGGAGGGCUGCAGCAACCCCUCCUGCUCCUGCACCCAGAGGAGCCUACUACCAGCUCCAAGACGGGCGAAUUCGACUCCACAGUGGGGCUCGACCUUCAUCGACGUCACUGGAUUGGGCGUGCUGUCGUGCGGCUGCAGCUGCUUCGUCUCGGGGACGAGCUGCUGUUCGAGAGCUCGCACCCGCAGCGCCUGGUCGACUUCCAUGUUGCUUGUCAGUACCUCAAGCUCGAAGGUUUGGACUGCUCGCCGCACUUCCUGAGGCACGGCGACGCGACAGACGUCUGCGUUGCAGGGUACCGCGCACUGCUGGAGGUGCGGAGGCGAGGAACGUGGAGGACGACUUCGCCAGUUCGGAGGUACGACAAGGCCGGUCGGCUGGCGGUGGUCAGGCAGGCCCUCAGCAGCGCCCAGAGGAUGAGCUGCGAGAUCUUGGCGGCAGCCGCCCCGCAGCUCUUCGACAUCGCCUACGUGCUGCCCUCCGCGCCGGCCGCCUUGGCGAACGGCGGGCGUUCCUGGAUCUCUUCUCAGGCUCGGGUGGCCUCGCCGCCGAGCUAA